CUGAAGGUUCCCCAGUCCCAAGGGAUGCUACCAAAGUACAUAAGAGAUCCAAAUAAGUUGCCUCCUGUUACUUCAACUACCUCUAAACCCCAAAAAGCUGUUGAAUUUGUUAUUGAUGAGGAUGUUAAGCAACAAAUAUCUCAGGGAGAUAUACCAUCUGAUGGCAACUGCAGCAAAAUUGCUUCAGAUAUCAUCUCCAGGAGAAACUCAAAUAGGAGGAGAUCUUAUACAUCUCUGUUGAUGACUGGGCCAAAGUUACUAGAGGAACGUGUUGAAGCUAUGAAGGAAGAGCUGCCAAGCAUCGAUAAUCAUUCCAAUCAACUGGAAGUAUCUGAUUAUGUAGAUGAGAUCUAUCAGUACUAUUGGGUUUAUGAGGCACAGAAUCCACCUCGGGCAAAUUUCCUGUUGAUCCAAGCAGACAUUACUCCUCAUAUGCGAGGCAUAUUGGUCAACUGGUUAAUUGAAGUACACUUCAAAUUUGAUCUGAUGCAAGAAACACUUUAUCUCAUGGUGACAUUAUUAGACCAAUAUCUUUCUCUAGUCCCAAUCAAGAAGAAUGAAAUGCAAUUAGUUGGCCUGACUGCUCUCUUGUUGGCAUCAAAGUAUGAGGACUUUUGGCAUCCAAGGGUCAAAGAGUUGAUUAGCAUCUCAGCUGAAUCAUACACUAGAGACCAGGUGCUUGGAAUGGAGAGGCUCAUGCUCAAGAAGUUGAAGUUUCGUCUUAACACACCUACUCCAUAUGUCUUUAUGUUGAGAUUUCUCAAGGCUGCUCAGUCAGAUACAAAGCUUGAACAUUUGGCUUUCUACCUUAUCGAAUUGUGUCUGGUUGAAUAUGAACCUAUAAUGGUCAAGCCCUCAUUGCUAUGUGCAGCAGCCAUCUAUGUUGCAAGGUGCACUCUGCAUAUUACUCCAGCUUGGACCCCGCUGCUUUGCAAACAUGCUCGUUACGAAUUAUCCCAAAUCAGGCACUGCUUCCUUACAAAUAAGCUCAUUUCCUUAUGUAGCUCUUGCUUGGUAAUGAAUUUUAAAAUAAUCUUCUACAUAUGCAGAGACUGCGCCGAGAUGAUCUUAAGAUUUCAAAAAGCUGCAGGGGUAGGAAAGUUGAAGGUCACAUACGAGAAAUACAUGAGAUGUGAUCUCAGUCGUGUUGCAUCAAUUGAACCCUUGGAGAGGCUUCCUCUUUGAUGCUUCUAAUGCUCAGUAUUAUUCAAAUCUUUCCUCGAAGCUG